GCUGAGCUUUCACAGUGGGAGUUGAGGACGGCUGGAUGGGAACCGGGUAUCAUUAUGACUUUUUAUAUAGAGGAUGGUAAAUUCAAAUCAAUCAAGGGCAGUUCAAACAAAAUUGUAUUUGCUCAAGAGCAAAGUCUCAGCCUGGACAAGACAAGUGAAGGAAUGAGGGGAGAAUCUUACUUCAUUGGAAUGAGGAGCCCGGGGCCGCAGGGGCACAUCCUGGAAGACGGAGGACUUUUCUUCCUCUGCUGUGUGGACAGAGACUGGGCUGUGACCCAGUGCUUCUCGGAAGAAGCCUUUCAAGCGAUCACCGACUUCAACGACCUCCCCAACUCCUUGUUCGCGUGCAACGUUCACCAGUCAGUGUUUGAAGGAGAAGAGAGCAAGGAAAAAUUUGAGGGUCUGUUCCGGACUUACGAUGACUGCGUGACGUUCCAGCUAUUUAAGAGUUUCAGACGUGUCCGAAUAAACUUCAGCAAUCCCAAAUCUGCAGCCCGAGCCAGGAUAGAGCUUCAUGAAACCCAGUUCAGAGGGAAAAAAUUAAAACUCUACUUUGCACAGGUUCAGACUCCAGAGACAGACGGAGACAAACUGCAUUUGGCUCCACCACAGCCCGCCAAACAGUUUCUCAUCUCACCCCCUGCAUCUCCUCCCGUUGGCUGGCAGCCCAUCAGUGAUGCCACGCAGGUCCUCAACUACGACCUCCUCUAUGCCGUGGCCAAACUAGGCCCAGGAGAGAAGUAUGAGCUCCACGCGGGCACUGAGUCCACCCCUAGUGUCGUCGUGCACGUGUGUGACAGCGACACCGAGGAAGAGGAAGAUCCAAAGACGUCCCCAAAGCCCAAGAUCAUCCAAACCCGGCGUCCCGGCCCGCCGCCCUCCGUGUCCAACUGAGCUCUCCGCUCCGCCUCGUCGACAAUACGUCUCCUCUUUAUCACGCCUCCUUUUCCCCCUGAUGUUUGUUGGGAAAAAAAAAAUGCCUUUAAAUCACUGGGUGUUUUGGUUGUUUGAGAUUCCUUCCUUGUAAUCAAGCCUCUCAGACAAAAGGGCUAGGAAAGGUGAUAUGUAUCCUGAUCAUAUCAUACCAUCAAUUUAAUCCAUUAUUUAGAAGGUUCUAGACAAAAAAAAAAAAA